GCAAGGGCGGAUCCUUCCAGGAUCCUUGAAGCUUGAUUCCCCAUCUAAAAAGGGAAGCAUGGGAAAAUUGAUCACCUUAAUAGAGGUUUUCUCCUUUUACCUAGGCAUUCCCAGAUGAGGAGAAACUCUACAUGGGAGAGGGUGCCCUUUCUCCCAUGCUCUCCUGCCCCUGUCACCUGUGGCUAAGGUCGUGGGGAAGACAUUUAGGUAUGUCCUGCUGCAGCCACUCUGCCAGAGUAACCAUGAUCAAUUUUUUUUUGUCUGUUUUGCUUUGCUUGUUUGCCUUGAAACCCAGAUACCUGGUUCUUCUCUACCAGGUGCUUGUAAUUUAAAAACAACUUUAUCAAAGUAACCAAGAGAGUUACUUUGGACAGAGGGAGGACUCCUGCAGAGGCAUGGAUGGGGACUCUUGAAGAGAGCUGGGAGAUAUUUAACUUUCAACAAAUGAAUUCCACACUCGAACUCUGCGGCAUUCCUGUGCCACCACCUCCUUUAGAAAACUGAUCUUAAAACAGAGUUAAAAGAAGGUAAAAGAAGAUGCUGGGAUCUGAACGUGGUGUUGUGGAAGAAUGGUUAUCAGAAUUCAAGGCAUUACCUGACACUCAGAUCACCAAUUAUGCAGCAACUUUACACCGGAAAAAAACACUUGUACCAGCCCUCUAUAAAGUUAUUCAAGAUUCGAAUAAUGAGCUCCUGGAGCCUGUCUGCCACCAGCUGUUUGAGCUCUAUCGUAGCUCUGAAGUUCGACUUAAGAGGUUCACACUGCAAUUCUUGCCAGAAUUGAUGUGGGUUUAUUUACGACUUACAGUUAGCAGAGACAGACAGAGUAAUGGCUGCAUUGAAGCACUUCUGUUAGGAAUUUACAACUUGUAUACAUUGAGAAACCAAUUGGAGAGCUUUGAGCAGAAGAAUUUCAUUAUAUAUUAGGAAGAUGAAUCUAAUAUUGGUAUGCA